GCAGCCCGGCGGGCCGCCCGGGCACGGGCCCGGGCCCGCUCGGGACAUCAGUGUGUGCUCCGGCCGCCACGAGGAGCAGACGCCCGCCACGCCGCCAUGCGCCCACACCGGCACUGCGACACCUUUGGCGCGACAACAGAAACCACGAUGCACCUCCAUAGCAGUCGGCACCAUACGGUCCUAGUCGUCGCGUUGCUGUUGCUUCAGGUGGCCCUGCAGCCUGGAGUGGAGGCGCACGCCCGCCUAAUGGACCCGCCCGCCAGGAACUCCAUGUGGAGGUUCGGCUACCUGACACCCGUCAACUACAACGACAACGAGCUCUACUGCGGCGGCUUCACCGUGCAGUGGCAGCAGUACAACGGCAGCUGCGGCCUCUGCGGCGACAGCUUCGGGGAGCCCAAGCCGCGCCCACACGAGGCGGGCGGGCUCUACGGCAAGGGCGUCAUCAGCAGGAACUACGUCACUGGGCAGGAAAUUCAAGUUGAGGUGGACCUGACGGCUAACCACUAUGGCUAUUUCGAGAUGUUCAUCUGUCCGAACAACAACCCGAAGUUUGAAGUGGAUGAAGAGUGCCUCAGAAGGAAUCCCCUGAUCGUGGCCGGCACCAGGAACGAGACGCGCUACUUCAUACCUCCGGGCACGAAGAAGAGCGAUACGCUGCGCUAUAAGGUGCGGCUGCCGCCUUUCGUGACGUGCACUCAGUGUGUCAUACAGUGGAGGUACGUCACAGCGAAUAACUGGGGUCUGUGCGCCGACGGGUCGGAGGCGGUAGGCUGCGGCCCUACGGAGACGUUCGUCAACUGCGCGGACGUGGCCAUCGUGACCGCCAUCGGCGGCCUGCCGCCGUCCUUCGUCAGCUCGCAGGACAACCCGCACCUGCUCUACUACCGCGACUUCCGCACGCCCGGCGCUGUCGCCCCGCUCGUUAUCAGGGCGCAGGUGUGUGAGCCGACGCCGCUUUAUCGCUCGCUGCCCGGCAUGGACGAGUGGUGCCAGACCAACUGCCUGCGGUACCCACCGAACUGCCCUCCCGAGCUCUGCCACUGUCCGCGCACGUGCGACGCCAUCGGCGAACUGGAAGGCCGAGAGGGCGCCGACGAAUACUGUAUGGACCAGUGCCUGGUGUACCCGCCGCGCUGCCCCAGGGAGCGCUGCUUCUGCUACUGACUACGGCAACACACCUGGCCACGUCUCCACGGGCCGCUGCACUCACGUUUAGGAUCAGCAAUCUGCAACUCUAAGUUCUCCGAAAAGUCUACUUGCUCCGCAAAAGAUUUCAUUAUUUUUUCGUCAACUUAAAGACCUCUUACUCUUGUUUGUGUUCGUAGUUAGAGACUAAAUUUUUCUGUGAGGAGUAGCUUGUCUGGAACAAUGAUGUGUUCUCCUUUUUACGUUAUCAUUUUUGUCGAACGAAACAACUGUAACUUGCCAAGUACAUAAUAAGACAUUUGGACAUUACGUGUGGCGGUUGGAGCGCGGUCUCUGCACAAAAUUUCGAAUAAUAUCGUUGUUACCACAAUACAGAGUGCUCCUUGCAAUUGGAAGUCCUUUUUUCUGACGUGGUGUGACAACAAGUAUUAGCCUAAAAGGAAUAGCUGUGGAAAGGUUGUGGCACUCAAGUAAUAGUUGUCUCAUCUUCCAGAUUAUUUUUCAGUUAUCGAAUUAAUCAAAUGUUACUAGGACCUCUCAAUGAAAAGUAAUUAACACUGAUGCAAUUGAUCUGCUUUCUUGAACGUGUUACGUCACAAACGCAAAUCAUGUAUCCUGUUGUCACGGAAUAAGUUUAAGACGGUACUGCGGUUUUCAAAUUAUCAGCAGUAAAGCACUUCCCGAAUAUUUCUAUGUUCCCUAAAAAUAAUAACUUGAUUACCACCAAACUCACGACACAUAGAUAAAUACGCCUGUGAUUUUAUGUUAGCGCACGAUGUUCAGCGCAGAUUCAGUUAAAUAUUGCUAUGCAGCUCAAACGAAAAGUAAAAAGAAAUGCUUUUAGAAGAAAACUAAAAAUUUAUAUGUCGGCAUAUAAAGAAGAUGGAGAGUCAUGUUAUAUUUGUAGUCAUUCCAAAUGAAACAUACAAAUCAUACGAAUAGUUCCAUCAGAAAAUUUGAUAGAAGGCACAAAGGAUGUGCAAGUCUGUCAAGGCUAGCUAGAAUAAUGGCUGCCAUUCUACAGAACUGCGUAAUAGAUCUGAGAAAAAGAAAUUUCUGACUCCGUACUUAUUUCCUGAUUUUUUUUCACAUAAUCAGAGUUAGUCAUUCUAUUUCGUAAUAUCUUUCAUUUAAGCUAUUGUACAUGCUCUACCUUCAAGUUUUGAAACUUACACAAUUCUCUUAAUUGACUGUAAUCACGUUUAAGUAGUCAUUUGAGAUGAUUAAAUGGUUUCUGAAAUCCGCUACGCAAUUCUGUAGAAUUGGAUACAGUAUUGUAGCCUUGGUAUAGACUUGGUCAUUCUCUAUGCCCUCUAACCAAUAUUCGUACGACGAGGUACUUAUAAUUUGUUUCAUUUGGGAUGACUACAAAUAUAACAUGACUGUCCAUCUUUUGCCUCUUCAUGUGAUAUGUCAACAUAUCAAUUUUCAGUUUUCUUCUAAAUAUAUUUCUACUUGUCUAAGUUUAAGAUUCAUUGUAAUAUUUGACUUAACAUGAUUUGAACAUUCCUAAAAAAUUAGCUUUAUCAAAGAGUUUGCCAUCAGCUGACAGCUUUUAAGGCAUUUAAUUGUAACUACACAAUUUUUUUUUGUUUUUGCUCUUACAGUUUUCCAAUGAUUUUAAUAUGAACUAUGUUCGACUAGUCACAAUACGUUAUAAUUCACAAGUCUAUACAUAGCAACAAAUUUCCGUUUGCAUUCCGUAGAGCAGUUCAACUCACCUGAUCUGCCUGCAAGCAUAAUUAAACAUCAUGAAUUAUCUGGACUAAAUACUUAAAAAAAUUGCAAAGGAAUUUCUGAAACAUAACAAAUUACUUUGGAAAAGAUCCUUGAAUAGUGAAGCAGGUAACAUACGAAGAUGGGUUAAAAAUUAGAGUUUACCAAAAACUUUAUGUAAUUUAUGUGUCACUUGCAACGAACUACAAAAACAGUAGCAAAUUAUGUUGUGUGCUCUAUAUGUUUUGCUCGAAUUUUCAGCCUCCUAAAUCCAGUUAAACUAGUGAAUCAUUAUAUAUAUGCUAUUCACGAUUACAGGUAUGAGUGAGGAAGAUGAGGCAACAAAGUAGAUUUCAGGAAGAAACCUUCAUCAUACAUACAUGUAUGUUGUUUGGAAUGUGAAUCAUGCUUGUACAGAGGGAACAAUGCCUGAGUGUAUGAGAUGUCCCUAUGUGAUUGUGAUUUUUCUUGGGGCUUUCUCAACUGUUACCACUAUUUAUUGGCUAAACAUUUUGUGGGGACGCCUACAAACUUCAAACAGGGUUAUAUGGAAUUUGUACCAAGGUGAGAUUAGUUCCUUUGUUGUCACUGUUAUGUGUUGUGUUACUGUAUGCAUUAAAGUUUACAUGUAAAGUGUUAUAGCCUGUAUAUUUUUAAAAUAAAUGAGAGACGCCGAUAUGCAAAAAUAUA